UGCAACGGGCGAUAUCUUCCGACCUCCUGUUUCCAACUGUCGGAGGAGGAGGAGGAGGAGAGUCUCCCCAGUUUCCUACCCGAAUUCGGGAAUCUUGAAGAAGCCAUGGCGUCAGGCCUGUCCAGUGUUGUUGUGUUGGCUUUAUGUGUGACUCUGGCCCCUUAUGUAUCUGCAGGGGACGACUGUCAGUCCUAUACAGAUGAAUUUAACCAAUACAAACCAUCCCAGGAGUGCAGCUCGGGUUUUUGCUGUGGAGACUGCACAAAAAGAUACUGCUGUCACCAAAAUAUCUGGAGGUUUUCUGAGGAUAAACAAGAAAGAUGUAAAUACAGUCGUUUUAACAGUCAGGGGCCACAAAUCACCAUGAUCUUUGGUAUUGGUGGCUUUGUUGUCUUCUUACUCAUCGUCAUCUGCUGCUGUGUGUGUCCCUGCUGCUGCCUGUACAAGAUGUGCCGCAAGCCAAGACCUGUGGUAACUACCACCACUCACACCACAGUGGUCACCACCUCUCCUCAGCAGUACCCUCAGCAGUACCCCCAGCAGCCAACUGCUACACCUGGUCAGCCUCAGUCCUACCAGGGGGCACAGUAUCCACCCUACCAGCCCAUACCAGUGCAGACGGGUUAUGGAGCCCAGCCGAUGCCGCAGGGGUAUGGGCCUCAGCCCCUGCCAACAUCACCCUACCACGGACAAGGGUUCAUAGCACCGCCACCGUCAUAUCAGGAAGCCACUGGCCCCUGCUACCCUCCCAACCCGAUGCCUUACAGCCAGGCUGCAUUUACUCCCGGCCAACCAGCCUACCCUAUGCAGCCUCCUGUCCAGCCGCAGCCCAAUGCUCCACCCGCACACACAGAUUACCUAACCCAGCCAGCAUACAACCCGGAUUUUGUGGCACCACCACUACCCAAGACUGGAUAGUGCACCACAGCGCCACACUGUCAGCCACUUUAAUCGUGCUGCCACAUUUUCGAACAUGGCAGAACUGGAAAUGUGUGAUCUGAAUCCAGAUGAGAAUUGUUUCUUGAUUCAGGUGACUUGGUUGUUGAAUACAGGGAUGUUAGGACACAUUUGUAGUUGCUGUAGUGCAUCUGUUCUAUCGAAGAGUUGCCAAGUGAAAAUGUUGAUACCUCUUGGUUUGUAUUGCAUGGACUUACAAUAUACAAGUGGUGAGAUUGUUUUUAUAUAUUAUUUCUUAGUGUCUCAAUCUUGGUAAAUUACACAUUAAAGUCUGAGCUUAAAGAUGAAAUGCUUUGACAUUUUCCAGCAUUCUGAACAUGCCUCAACAUCUCCCUUCUAUUCUGUCUAUGCUGUGCACCGGCCGAACAUGCUUGACCUCCUAAUUCACCUACAGUGACUGCAGUCAGACUCUUCAGGACUUUUGGUGCUCUGCCAGUUAAUUUCUGACUGAUAAAAGUGCUUUGAAUGUUUUUUUUCAUGUACUCUUCAUUUUCCUUUGUCCCUGGUGUUUUGGAAGGCAUGCAAUGCUUUUUAUGGAUUACUUGAGAACAAAUCAAGUCAAAAGGGUGCAUCUGUUCUCCCUUGAGGAUUUAUGAUGGAAAGAAUACAUGCUAAUGUCAGUUGAUUACCGAUAUUCAGAGGCUAACCGAGUUAAUAGUGUGUGUUCAGGAAAAAUCCCCCAGCAAAAAGGGAAUGUUAAUCACUCAUCAAUUCAAGCCCUUCACACAGGGGAAGUACACUUCAUAUUUAAGUUUUGUGUUCAUGUUUGUGUUUUCCUUUCUUUUUUUGCUCAGGUUAUUUUCAGUAUUUGUUUUAAGGCGAGACACCACAGUCAGAUAAGAUUUCUUUCCCCAACUUUACUCAUAUCACAAUGAAAGCUAAAAGCGAUACAUAAAUAGAAGCUUUUUUGGAUUACAAUUUUUUUGUUUACUUUGUGAUAUACCAAUGAGGUAAUUCCUCAUUAAAUAUGUGCUGAUUUGUAUAUCACACAAAUGUAUCCAUUUUCCAGCACAUUAGUAAGAGUCAGAUGGAUUUUUUGGCUUUGUUGUGACAAUAUACCAAAUGUCUAGACAUUUGGCCACGGUUCAUCAAAAUUUAGUUUUUUAAUAGAUUUAUUCAAAAUGUGUGAAGGAAUUAUAAAAGAUAAUUUAAAAAAGCUCUCUGAAUGUCUUGCUAUGAGACCUCAGAGGCAGUGUGUAAAAGGAAGAUGAUCAUCACUACCCUGCAGAGCGAGGCAAAUUGCUUGGAGUCUGAAAAUUGACAGAUUGAAGCAAAAUCAUCAUUUUGGACUGUGGUGUCCGGCCUUGAAACGUGUAACUGAGCUGAAAUACAUCGGCAGCUUUAAAUGAAAUAUGCCUUAGUGAUUAAAAUUUUUUUUUUUAAUCAACCAAACAUUCAUAUAGUCAAGUUCACAAAAACAAAUGCUAUACUUACAAAAUGCAUGAAACAACUGUGCCUUCUUAGCCAUGUUGUGUGUAUGUAAUUUAAUUUAGUUUAAAAUCUCCUUUUCCUACUCAGUAUUGUGUUAUUUGCCUGGAAAUUGUCAUCAUCAUUACCUGUAUUUGACUGUACCAGCAUAACAGUCAGGUUUGAAUAAUUAGUCUGUAGUUUUUUUAUUGUCUAAAACCAAACUAAAAGCCUUCCUCGCUCUUCUUUGUCACUCAUGUUUUUCUGUAAUGGAGCCAUCACUUCUGCUUUCUGCAAUAACUUACUGAAGUGACCUUUUGCUUAUGAUCCAGCUGAACGUGGUAAAGUCACAGUUCAUGUGACGAGCCAGACAUUGAUCUUUUGAGCUACUCUAUAUGAAAUCCCUCACUUUUCAACUUCCUUUGUUUAGACGUUGGUUGUGGUCAAAAAACACAAUAGCAUUACAUGAGUAUCGCUGGUACAGGUUUCUAAAUGACAAACUCAUCACAUCUGUGCUGUGGUUUAUAUUAUUUUACCGUCUGACAUGAGAAACCACAUGCCAGCGAACAUAAGUGGCCUGGUGUCUCACGUAUCUUAAUUUUACAAUUCACAAAAAAAGGAAUGUGCAUCUGUUUCUUACAUCGACCAAGCGAUUUGUCUGUGUACUCGUAGGCUUGCCUGAAUCUGUCUUAUAAAUGUGUUCUGUCUGUGAUUUCAGUCCUUUGGCCAGUGUUUAUUGUUCAAGGUGACUUCAGUUGGAGUGUUUUUAUUUGCGUGUGUGGAUUAUAGCCAUUUGUGUUCUUUAUGAAAGGCAUACCAGUAAAGAUUUAUUCUUGUUCCA